AAUGGCUAUAUCAAGUAAGAGAGCCAUAAGAAACUAGAACUCAAAAAUACCAAGAGUCGUUUUCUGUUCAGUUUCUGACGAAUAUCAAUGGCGUCACUUCAGUGCCAAAAGCCAGUUGCACAACAAACUGUCUGCCAAAAAACCACCAACACUGCCACUUGCCACAAGGCGAAUGAGCACCACUCUUUGGCUGACAAAAUGAAAGAGAUGACAACCAAGAUGUUGCACCACGACAACCAUGGACAGCAAUCUGCCUGCCAUGGCGCCAAAACUCAACAUUCAGCAGGCCAUGGAUCCACUGCUAUCCACGGAAAUCAUGGUAGCCACGGCCAGCAGACUGCAUGCCAUGGCGCAAAAACUCAACAUUCAGCAGGCCAUGGCUCCACUGCUAUGCAUGGAAAUCAUGCUAAGGGACAGAACACUGCAUGCCAUGAUGCUAAAACUCAACAUUCAGCAGGCCAUGGCUCCACUGUUGGGCAUGGAAAUCAUGCUAAGGGCCAGAACACUGCAUGCCAUGGCACCAAAACUCAACAUUCAGCAAGCCAUGGAUCCACUGCUACUAAUGGAAAUCAUGCUAAGGGCCAGAUCACUGCAUGCCAUGGCGCCAAAACUCAACAUUCAACAGGCCAUGGCUCCACUGCUAUGCACGGAAGUCAUGGUAGCCACAACCAGCAGACUGUGUGCCAUGGCUCGAAGAAGGAAGGGGGCAUCAUGCAUAAGAUAGGUAGUCAGCUGAAGACCAUCAGGAAAAAGAAGAACAAAGAUGGACACUGCAGAGAUGGCAGUGACAGCAGUGACAGCAGCGACAGCAGCAGCAGCAGUGAUGAUGAGAGCGACAAUGAGAACGGUGGAAGGAAGAAGAAGGAGAGCUGCUGAAGAAGUAAGCUGCAACAAUCAAGUGAGUAAGAGACAGAAGCUAUAACACUAAUAAACUUCUGUUGCUCAAUAAUUAUGUACUUUAAUUAAAGGGUGCUAUGUGUGUGUCUCUCUGAAGGAGUCAGGUGUGCUGCAUGAAUAAAUGCAAAUACUUCUAUUGUACCUAUUACCUAUGGCCUUUCAAGUAAUGAAAUAAACUUGUGAGAUCAGUAUUU